GGCGAACUAAUGCUUACAGGUUUCCAAAAAAUGCUUAUAUUGUGCCAUGUUAAUGUACCUAUUUGUUGACAGAAGUAAAUACCUAUUUGUUGACAGAAGUAAAGGGAAGCAGCGCGAAGUUAUAAAACUAUUGAUUAUAACUCGACAACUGGACCAAAAGGCAGGAAACUGGGGGAGAGAUAAAUCCUCCCCCAAGGCGUUGAGAAGUCCUGCGCAGUUUCGAAAAUUAUAAGUUUUCCGAGAAUCCUACACAGUUCUGUCCUGUUUUAUUUGAAAACAAAAAAGCUGCAAUUAUUCUUUUUUCUUGCGACCAAGUUUAGUGAAAAAUCUUCCAAAAUUUUUUCAGUAUUCAUAAACGCCCUUUGCUGUAAGUCCAGUUUAAAGAUUGAUGUUCAUUUGCUGCACAUAAUUGUUGUUUCACCUGGAUGUUGUUGAUAGGAACCGUGUCCCGUUUGGGCUAAAUGUAUUGUUGUAACCAUUAUCGCUAUAUUUGGGAUUUGUGUUCUGUAGUGCAACAUUAGAUGUUUUACAUGUUGUCGGAAUCGCGGAAUUUUUAGCGCAUCAGCAGAAGUCGGGAUACGAUCGAUAAUAUCAAGUCAGGUGAUGGGGGAUGCAUUUUGAUUGACCGAAUUUGUUAAAAAUUAUGGCUUACCGUCUACUAAACCGCCCGUUUCCGAAUAUUCGACGUAAGUGUUUCUUAGCUGAGUUGUAGAUAGAAAAAAGUACGAACGCGAGUGAUAUCCAAGAUGCCUUUCGUAUCGAUUUUUCCGAGGAUUGUGGCCCUGGGCCCUAAACACGUGUUUUUGUCCUUCUGUUCUUGUAGAUUCUUUCAAUUAGCCCUUAUUUUUCAACACUAUUGAUCUGUUAUGGGAUAAAUCAAGCUGCCCCCAUGUUGAAGAUACCUGCACGUUUUAAACAAUGUGACCUCAGUGUUUCCCUAGCCUUUGAUUAUUGUGACUGCAUUGUCAACAUGGGUACAAGAGCUGCUGCAUUUACAGCUAAAAUCCGCAGUCUCUAUGAUUACCAACUCCGACUCAUGCAGGGUACUUUGCCACCCCCUUCUGGAGUUGACAUAGCAAACACAAUAAAAUACUUCUCCCAAACUCUUUUAAGUGUGCUAAAAGAUGUUCAAAAUUCACCUUUCGAUCUAUUGAAAAACCCGGAAAUGGAUAGUGUUCGUAUUGGCCUUUUUCAAAAUCUAGAUUACAAAGGCUUGUAUAAUUCUAUUAUACCAUUGAUCGAAGUUGCACCUCUCAUAACUAAUGGACUCCAUGUGUUUGGACAGGCGCUACUUCAAUGUCUGGGAUGCCUUUUACCUUUUUUGGAUCAUGAUUUAAUUGAUAAUUUACCCUAUUUAACGGCCUCUACCAUUGCUGUCCUUCCUCCCAGUUUGCAUCAAGACAUUAUUAAUACUCUUUGCUAUUAUAUUCUUCCUUUUACAAUUACUCGCCAUGAUCCCAAACAAGCCGACAUUUGUCAAUCCGUUUCAGCAGUAAUAAUGAUGAUUUUUCAAUACUCAACUAAUCCAGCUCAUCACUGUCAACUUUUGGAGUGCCUAAUGACAUUAAAGCAGAAUACACUUCAAGAUAUGUUAAGUGCCAUUGCAUAUGGAACAUCCAACUCACGAGCAUCUGCAGCUAAACUUUUAUUUUAUUAUUGGCCUACAUUUAAUGCUAAUUUGUUUGAUAGGAAAAAUUUAAUUUGCAAAUUUGCUGAACCGAAUCCUUUUGUUUGUCAACGAGACGAAUGUCCUAAUUCCGGAAAUGCCGAAGCUGCAAAAGUUUGUUACGAUCAUUGUAUUGCCAUUCAAUUUUCCACUGAUAUUCCUCCUCCAUUAUAUUUGUGCAUUGAAUGCGCCAACGAGAUCCAUAGGGAACAUCCUAAUCAACGCUUUUUUGACGUGCUACAUCUCAUGCAACAAGUUUCUAUGGUCUGUGAAAAUAAGAACUGUCGAUCAAAUGAUAAAUCAGCAAUAUCCAUAUGUUUUUCAACCGAAUGUGCCUCAUAUAACGGAAACCAUCCUAUCAGGUACUGCGAACAGUGUCACAAUAAUCGACAUAAUUCUAGGAGGGGUGGAGAUCAUAUUGUCCAUAAAGCUAUUCCACCAACUUGGGAAAUGGAUCCGGAAAUGCAGACUUGUAUGGUUGAAGCCAUUGUUAGUUUGUUGAAAGAAUCAAAAAUUCCUGAAAGUGAGUUAAAAGAAAUAGAUAGGAAAGAAAUUGAAGAGCGAAGUGAUAAAAAAGAAUCGAAAGAAGGUAAAGAAAAGGAAAAAGACGGAAAGAGUCCCAUUCCCGCAUUAGAUAACAUUAGUGUAGAAGAGCGACAACUUUUAGGAAGAUACGGGGUUUGGUUACUGGUAGGUCGAUGUAACACAGGCGAAAAGACGCAAACUGAAGUAUUAGGAAGGCUUUUAGCAAUGAUCUUUCAUUGGUUUCAUAUGACAGCAUAUUCUUACGAUGGUCGAGAAGAAAGCGCCUUAGAAAAACUUAAAAUGAUAGAUGUGUGUGGGUGGUUAAAAGAAGUAAGUAAAUCGCAUUAUGAUCUUUUUGUAUCGUGCCUUUUACCUCAUCCAUCCGACUAUGCUAGAAUUGGAGGUCAUUGGGAUACCCUAGCUACAAGAACUACUCACCUGAAAGAAGGUUUGGACCGACUUUUCUGCCUUGUGCCUUAUGACGUAAUUUCGCAGGAAAUUUGGGAUCAUAUAAUGCCUCAUUGGAUGGAAGCUACUGUCAAUAGUGUACCAGAAAAAGAACUUCCAGAGCUUAAAAUAAUUCUAAGCAAAAUUUUGGAUCCUGAUAUGAGUCCUUUGGGCUUUGAUGCUAAGAAGAUGUAUCAAUUUGUGGCAAUUAGGUUUCAGAAGACGAAUGCCAAAGUACAACAACAAGCUCUUAAAUGGCUACAAACAUUAACAUUGUUAGAAAUUUCCACUCCUUUGCAUCUUCUUUUUUCAAUAUUCAAUGAUGGAGUUACUAGUAUGAAAGAAGGGGUCGAUAACAGUGAAACUAUUCCGAUACAACAACCUUUAGAAGUUCAUCCUGUGGUCACAGAGCCUAAAAGAGACUCAAUAACACCUGAAAACAUUCAUCAUUGUGACUCAACUAAAACCUCGAUAUCAGAUGAAGAAAACUUGCUAACCAAAAGCCAUUUUGAAACCGAUUCAGAAAAUAAUUUGUUCUGUUGUAUAUUGAUGCUUGACAUCCUUUUAAAGCAAAUGGAACUACAAGAAAUAGACAAACAUACAGGUCUAAGUUCCUCGCUGUGCAAAAAUGUGUGCUCGCUUUUGAAAAGCAUGAUAACAGCUGCUUGGAUUAGCUCACACUCCUGCUCAUCAAAAACCGAAUGUACUUACUGCGAGUGCAGUAUAAUGUGGCAUCAACUAGCUUAUGAACUUGUCAUUUAUUUGUCACCUGUUACUCUUGCACAUCCUCCUGAUCCGCCUCCAGAACCUGAAACAGAUGAUGUUCACAGUCGAAAAAGUCCACCCGAAAAUGAAAAAAAAGAAAAACCAAGUGAGCUGGUCCUAAAUAUGCCAAUUCCAGAAGUGCCUUCGGUGGGAGGUGUAUUAGUCCAUAUGCCGCACGUGUGUUCUGUACGAAUAUUACAGCAUAACUCAAACCAAGGCUCCCAACCACUUAAGUCCUUACCCUAUUGGGUACAGCUUAGUUCCUUCUUGAUUAUGACUGCUACUGUUGAAACCGUCUCCGAACAACUAGACUUGGCGUCAAUAAUGCCUGCCGAGAAAGUGGUUUCGGCUGUUACCAGGGUUGUUACUUUAUCAGAAACAGAUAUAGCAACAGCAACAGUUUCAAUAGGAAAAUCUCAACCGUCAAUGUUAGGAGAAACAAAUGAGCAACCAGAAUCAGAUUCAGGAGGUGAAGAAAUAGAUUUUUGGCAAACUUCUAUUGGAAAAUUCAAAUUUUCCUUAGAAGAUUUACCCGAGCCAAUACAGUUUAUACACCAACUACUAAUGGAACUUUCCAAAGUUACAAAGCCAGAUAUUCUUUAUUAUAUGCUUAAAUGUUUGAACGUUUUAAUUCUUUAUGGCGAUGCUUGUACUAAAGCAUCAAAGGAGAAUAAGGGUUUUUUUAUUUGGUGUCAGGAGCACUUGACUAUAAAAAAUUUAUGGAAUCUCCUUAACUCUGAACACUCUCACAUUUGCCAAGAAGCUGUUCCUCUAUUGUUGCACUGCAUUACCUUACCAGCAGGUCCUGACGUGUUUUGGAGAAUAAUCCAGGAUGAUUUUCACAAUCAAGAUUGGAGAGUUAGAUUUACUGCAGUGGAAAGAGUCACUGUUUUAGCCAGAUUUAUGGCCGAUUGUCCUUUAAAAAACCAAAUGCAAUUACAAGCAGCUAUGGCAAACGCAUUUUGUUUUCUAAUUUCCAGUAUGGAUGAUCCUAAUGUUUAUGUUGCCCAAAGAGCUACUUUGUAUUUGGGUACCAUUCAUGAUUUUGCAGUUAGGUCUUUAAUAUUGUGCCUGGAGUCUCAAUUUGACUCAGUGAUAUUAGACCGACCAAUGGUUUUGCAGUCUAUUUACCAACUUCACAAUUCAUUAAGCGAAAGAAAAAUUUUAUGUUGGGAUUUUUUUCUUAAUCGUUUCGAUACGUUAUUCAUUGAAGCUCAGAUUGCUUUGGAAAAAGCUGGUGAUAUUACUUAUAUUAGAGAUUUAAAGAAUACAGAUGUCAACAGUGAAAUAUUUAUAAAGAAACUUCAUCGAGCUCACAAUGCAUUGUCGAGCCUCAAUGAGGGCAGUAUCUCGAGUUCGAUUAAAACCUUAAGCGCUAGUUUUGGAACAAAAUGGCCUUAUAAACGCACCAUGUCGGCACCUGCAUCAAUCAUACGGCAUCAGGAAAGCAAAUCAGUGCAUGUUCCAGAAACAAAGGAAAAAGUAUAUAGCCGUCAAUACUCGGCACCCAUAUUGAAAAGGAAAAGUUCUCGAUUUGGAUUGGAUGGUCACAUGCACUCUCUCAACGCUGUCGACGACCAAAACUUGUCAACGUUUCUUCAAAGGAUUAUAGAUCUGGAAGAAGCUGAUAAGGAGACGAUGCAUCUCCUCGUUUUUCUUCUCAUGCAAUUUUUAUCCAGAUCCGACCAAGCGUACCCAGCAGACGAAAAGAACUUAGGCCGGACUCAAACUAUUGUUCUUAAACAUUUAUGGUUGUUAUUAGGUUACAGUCAAACAGACCGUGGUAUUUACAUCCCACCACAAAGUCUUCGUGCGUCACCAGCAUUCAACGUAUUUCUGGCCAACUUACCUCAACUUAUGGACCAAAAUCACCUCAUGGGAAGAAUAAUAUUUCCCACUUGCUUAAUUAUGUUACAAUACGCUCCAUCACCUUAUUACAUACCCAGUGCUAUGGAUUUCCAGCAACCUCUGCAUAGCUUAUGGGCUUUAGAACCCCAUGCACGAAAAAAUUGGCUCAUGUCUUUAGUUGUAAUUUUAUAUAAGUACCAGUAUAGCCAACAACCACAUUGCAUUCAUUUAAUUGCUUUGAUUAGAAUUGUUUUAAAUACGCUGGAUUCUCAACACCAUCAUUGCAGAAGAAUUCCAGCAACCAUUAUAAUGGGUCAACAAUCAUCUAGGUCAAGAGACGUAAGCCAACCAUCAUUAGGUACAGAAAUGGAUCACCCAGAACGAACAACGCCACCUUUAUCUCCCAUGUAUUCAUCUGACGGACAAUCAAUUCAAGUUUCAUUAAGUUCCAAAGGCGGAAAAGUACAAGUCUCGUAUACGAAACCAUUAUCCAUGACUGGCAUGGAGACGCACUGGGAAGAAACUAAUCAAAAUGAGAAGCAUUCGGAUGAGAAAUGGGAAAAAUCUUUUAGAAAGCAAGGAGAUAAAACGAGCAUAGAUGAUGACACUGAAAGUGAAUUAUUAGCAAUUCCUGAAAGUGAUAUUUCUGACAGUACUUUGCAGGGAAGUGGACAGGAUUCAUUUGAAGAAGCUUUGAGUGAGAAUUCUGGAAUAAUGAAGCAGGUAACAGAAAAAGCGAUAGUAACUAGAUCUCCAAAAGAAAGUGUUUCAAGCUUAAGCGAAAUUAAAAGAAUUUGCUCCAAUAAAGGGCGACCAGUAUGGAUAAUAGGUAGCGAAGAUGAGUCAAUACGAUCUUGUGACCACAAAAUGCAAGAGCUGGCCAAAGCAAAGAUGGAACUGAACAAAAACUGUGCUAGAAUAAAAUCUAACUCUAGUAGUGGGUCAAUUAAUUUAACUUAUGGGUCCAGCAUACAGUCAGUGAAACAUAUAUCAAACUCAUCUCGCAAGCAAAUAGAUUCAUUUCAAAUGUCUAGGCCGAGUCGAAUAGGGAUGCAUAAAAAACUUAUAGAGCCUAGCGUAACUGCUUCAUCUACUUCUGUUUUCGAUUAUGAUAAUAACAAAAACAAUCAUCUUCCAACGCCAAGUAUAGAACGGCUUUUACCUAUUGGACCAAUUAAAUCACCUGAUCUAGAUGAUGUAUUUUCACCAUUAGAGCCUCAUUUAGAAAUACCAACACAAGAGCGACUAUUGCCGAUAGGACAACAUACGAAAGAUAUAUCGCACUUAGUGGAAAAAGUUAAGCAGGCACUAAAUAUUAAUUCAAAAAUUUCGAAAAAAACAGAAAUACAAGAAAAUAAUAUUUUUGAACAACCCAGUACGUCACAGACCCACAGUCCUAGGAAACUAAUCAAACAAGUUGCACUGGAAAGUCCUCCAAAUUUAUACGAAUCCGAUGAUAACGGAAACGGAUUGGAUAGUUACUUGAAUACUAUUAAAGUUGAGAGUCAAAGAGAUGCAAUUGUCAAUCAUAGACAAAGGAUAAGGAAAACGUGUCCUUUAACACCAAAUUCUCAACACCAACAGAAGCCAAAACUCCCAGGAGGAUGGAUGACUAACUCACAAAUAACAUAUCGUAAGACUGAUACAAAUUGUGAUUCCAAACAGAGCUCGUACAGGAUAGGAGACGAGUCUGUUAAGGAAAGAUGCUCCGAAUGUGGUACAGCAAGGGAAACAUACAGUGACGAAGAAGUUGGUCUUUGUAUUGUAGCCUUGGGAACAUUUAUUCAUCGAGAACCUAGUUUAGCUGCUCCUUUACUGCCUGAUAUUUUAAGUAUAAUAGCCAAAAUUGCCACCAACGCUUUUUAUCCAUGGCAAUGCGAAAGUAGUGUUCAUCUUCCCGGAGGAGCAGUCAGUGUAGCGCAUCAAUUUUUGAGAUGUGUUUUGCACCAGCUUGCACCGAACGGAAUUUUUAUUCAGAUGUUUCAAACAAAAGCAUCAGAUCACAUAAGACUGCAUUUUUUUAAAAGUGUUAUUCAAGCAUUAAUAGAUUUUAACGAAUUAAAUCCAGUGGCACCGUUGCAAUUACUUCUAGAAACCCUUAAUUUCAAGAAAACAUUGCCGACUGAUAUGAUGCCGACUAUUUUAUCGAAUAUGGCAGCUUAUCUAAGUUGUCUGCCAUUGGAAAGUGCUUUAGGUCCCACAACACCUAUGUGGAGUACGGUACUGCAGCAACUUGAAAUUAUUUAUCGAAAACUACUGUUUAUGUUAAACACUUUAGAUGACGUUACACCAUUACUAAAUAUAAUGGCCUCUAUUUUCAAGUUGCCUUUAAUAACACAAUUUAAGGGUAUUCUAGAACCAUUCUCAAAGGUGCUUAGUUAUGCAAUCCAAACGCACACAUUACAAUAUAAUCUAUUGGUAGAAAUAUGUUAUCUUUGUAACAAAGCUUUCACCAAGGAUAGGGAUAGAUUAAUAUUUAGUAGAAUGGUGGUUAUUGAGCUAGUGCAAGUUUUAAAAUUCAAAACAACCAUUCCCGAUUCUAACUUGUUGAUGCUGAUAAAUUUAAUUUUACAGGAUGUUGGUGGGCAUAUUCCCUCAAACGUUGUGAUAAAAGAAAGCAAUUUACUCUCAUUCGAAACCUCAUCUUUCUGCAGCACCGGCAUAUCUGAAUGUAUGAAAUUAAACCUUGUAGAUAUCUUAGAGUUUUUAUCAGACUUUCACACGAUAUCAAAGAUGAAAAGUUAUUGUAAAGGCAUAGGCGUAGGUUUAAAUGAUGAUACCCUAGGUGGUAUAAUAAAAUGUAGCGUUGCUCAAUAUUUAGCUUUAGAAAUUACAAAGGGAAAUAGUAGAGACAGCAGAGCAGUUGCACGAUAUUUUCCCUGGUUAUAUAGCACAUCUGUAUCGCAACAAAGUCCAAGAGAAUUCGUAGAAUGCAUAGGCCACAUAAGACUCUUAUCAUGGUUACUUCUGGGUUCUCUAACACAUACGGCAUUGCAAGGAUCAAAUACCUCAACAUUAUUGAGUCAGCCGAUUCCUCAAGAAGCAUCUUGUCAAAUAGCUGACAAUAUCCAAGUAAUCAUGUCCGGUUUUGCUGACCAGCCUAAAGCUAGCGUCCUACACAUGUCAUCACUAUUUCAUACAUUUAUCUUAUGCCAACUUUGGACUGUUUAUUUAGAGCAAAGUUUAAGCCAUCAUCAACCCGUUACGGAAACAUACAACGUGACCAUGAAUAUUUUGUUUGAUUUUUGGGGAAAAGUUACUCCAUGUAUUUUGCAGCUGGUCCAAAAAUCUAAAACGUUGAGCGAAAUCGUAAGCCUACAUUUUUUAAGUAUGUUGGAAGCACUGAUCGAAUGCCAAUCUACUUUUGUAACAAAACUUCUACCUCUGUGGACGCCUGUAUUAUCAUCUAAUCAAAUUCAGCUGCCAGGUCACCUUCUAGUCAGGUUACAGAACUGCAGAAAUUUUUCCCCAACCAUAUACCAAGAAGUUCCCAAUGAAAAUCGCAAAAUAGGCCAUUUGAACAAUCCAAUGUUGUUAAAAUGGCUGCAGAGGUUGCAAUUUAAGAUGGGACAAAUAGAAUUGCAAUCGUCGGCCGCGACACAGUUUUAUUCAUUGUAGUUCACAAUAUAUCUUCAUCCGCCUUCUCAAACUGUAUUACCAUUAAUAUUAAAACUACCUACUAUAUUAAUGAUAAGAAAAUACUAUUGUAAAGGAAAUUUUAAAAUAUAGGUUUAAAAAAUAUGAAUUAUUAAUUAAUAAAUUGUGUACAAUUUUUAUAUUCAAAUUUUG